CUCGACGAGCCGGUUGCCGUAAGCGUGUGUUUCGCCGAUUCGACAUUAUUUUAUUGUUGCUGUUGUUCAUUGUCCUCGUCGCCUUCGCUCCCGCUGGUGUGCUGUGCGUGCCUCUGUGUGUGUGUGUGUUUAGUUUAAGCGAAAUUGAAAGUUGUACAUUUUGCUACCCCCAAAAAGCAAAGCGCUGCAUACAAAUGCGCGCGCUUCUACAUACAUAGUGAACCAACCCCCACCAACAACAACAAAAGCAGCUACAAUAACAACAAAAAAAACAACAACAACAGCCACCCACUGUUUAAAAACGCCGCAUAGUCAUCGUCAUCGUCAAUCGUCAUCGCCUGCCUGCCAGCCUGUUUCUGUUUUUGCUUCUGCUUCUUCAAGUUUCGAUCGUGUUUUCUGUUUUGCAGGCUCAACGCAUAGUAACUGCUAUUGUUGGUCUGUGUGUGCAAAUUAAAAUAAUCAAAAUAAACCAGAAAAGCGAAAGUGUUACACAAGUUCAGAAAAAGCGUCAUAGAAUUGAGUUUAAGUAGCGCUUCCCCGAAGUCUGCAAACGGUCAACGCUCACACAGGCUGCCAACGGCUCCUGUUGUGAAAGUGAGUGUGUGUGCUUGUGUGUGUGUGAGUUUGGAUGCACAUGCUAUAUGUGUAAAGCCUUCUAGCAGCCUAAAUCUGUUAUGAUGAAUUUCUCAGCGUUUGGUGGCCCCUUCUCAGGCAUCCAUCAAUUUGCCGCUAAAUUUGAUGCACAAACCCCAGGCGCAUUUGGGACGCCGCCUGUAAACGCUGCAGCGGGAUCAGAUAAUCAUGUGCAGCGCUAUCAGACCAAUGGCAAUCAUUUCAAUCAGAAUGUGCCCAACGUUUCGGCGGCCAAUAAUAUGCAAUAUGGUCAGAAUAUAUCCAUACCAUAUUCACAGCCACAAAGUGAUCUAAAUUUCUUGAAUGCGGCUGCUGCGGCGGAUCAUAAGGGUAAAAUUCAUCCAAAAAUUGAACGUGACCGGGAAGAAGUCCUCAAUCAGCAAAUCCUACAGAAUGUGAAUCAGUCUUGGCAAACGCUGGCUAAUACGGCCAACACCGUCGACUAUUCAUCGCAUUUGUUAUCAGCAACACUGCCAAUCUCCAUACAACACUUCCUCAAGUAUUCGGAAACCAUUAAGAAAGAGUCCACCGGUGAUGUGCUUAAGAAUGGCACCAACUUGGCCAGUUUGGCUUUGGGCGGUGUCGCUUUAACACCUAGCAAUAAUGGCGCCAAUGGGGCACACCAUAAUGGCGGCUUGGUGGGCAUGGAUCAUGGUGGUCACAUGACCAACAUGACGGAUGCAAAUGGCGCUGGACUGGCCAAUGGCGUUGCUCCCAAUGGCGUCAAUGGUAAUACCAAUGGUGCAGUUAGCAAUGGUGCCGCCGUAUCCAGCACCGCAGCAGUCGGCAGCACAAAUGCUGCAGUUGCUGGCACCACCACCACCACGAGCGGCAAGAAAACCAAAAAGAAGAAACCUCCAAAGGAGAAGAAGCCAAGACCGAAGCCAGGUGAAAUUCGUGAAACUAAAGCAUUGGACGGCUCUACACUCUACUGUUGCCCCGAAUGCCAGAUGGCCUAUCCGGAUCGUAGUCUCAUCGAGCAGCAUGUGAUCUCGCAUGCUGUGGAGCGUCGCUUUGUCUGCGACAUUUGCAAUGCAGCGCUCAAGCGCAAGGAUCACUUGACCCGCCACAAGCUCUCCCACAUACCGGACAGGCCACAUGUGUGCAAUAUCUGCAUGAAGUCUUUUAAGCGCAAGGAGCAGCUCACCUUGCACAUUGUUAUACACUCCGGCGAGAAGAAACAUGUCUGCAUUGAGUGUGGCAAAGGCUUCUAUCGCAAGGAUCAUUUGCGCAAGCAUACGCGAUCGCACAUUGCCAGACGCGUCAAAUCUGAGGUCUCAGCUCAGAAUGUGAAUGGCAGCGGCGGAGGCGCUGCCGCCAACAAUGCGCAAAACAAUUCGCUACAUGGCUCCUGAGGUUCGUACAAGGACUUUUGGUAAAUUCUUAAAUCGUACACAUUUCAUGCUACAAAUGAAAGCAGAAAAGCGAGCAUAUUAUCAAUGAUUUUGCAGCUGGAAUUUGCGAAAUCAUUGACAAGUGCUUGUGGAGCUGCUUUUAAUGAAAUGUGUUUUAAGAGUUUAUCAGGAGUCCUGCUGAGCGUCAUCCAAAUCCAAUAACCCUCUAAAUAGAGUACAACAAAAACAGUUU